AUAUGCUACGUAAGAGAUUUGACAAAUUAUAGUACAAAAAAUAAUACUUCAAUAGAUAUUUUUUUCUUGCUUUGAAGUAUUAUAAGCAUUCAUUAGAAAAUUAUUAGUCAUGACUACAUUUGAUGUUUUUAAUCCAUUGAAAAAUAUAACACCAAGAUUUACAGACGAUCAAAUUAAUGAAAUCGUUGAAUGGUUCGACGAAAAUUCAAAACCGCAACUAAUAAUAAAUGAGGGGGAGCCCACACCUGUCAUAACUAUUCAGAAGUUCAUAAAUUUUUUAUCAUUAAAAAAAUUCCACCGAAGAAAUUUCCAUUACCCUAGCUAUUUUGAAAUAAUGACUGAAGCCGAAAAUCUUAAGGCGGGUACAACGAAAAUGUUAACGAAGGACCAAUUUAUAUACAUGCUAAAUAAAUGGGUUAUCGAACCAAAUAUUACACACGAAUUACUUUUAGCAUUCAAGAUUUUUGACACAGAAAACAGAGAUUUUUUAGAAAUAGAUGACCUACAAAUCAUCGUGACAGGAUACGGCGAUGUUUUCAAUGAAUCUGAAACAAAAGAAAUGUUACGAGAUGCCAACGUCCGAGGGGAUGGAAAUGUUUUCUAUGCAAAUUUUAUUCAAAGUUUAUUCAGUAUUGCACCAGAGCUCAAAGAUUUAAAAAUUGAAUAUCUAUAUGAUAACCCUGAUGAAGAUCCCUCUGUGCCACCUGAGCCUAUUAUUGAAGAACAACCAAAACCGACAUCAGCAACUGUAGAAACUGGACCAACAACACCACAAUCAUCACCCAUUCCACCACCCCCUGCAGAAAAUAAAUAAAAGAUUUUGUUAUAAUCAAUAAA